CGUAAGGCAAAAGAGGAAGUUAUCACUCAGGGCGCCUGGGCGGGAGGAGUAAACAUUGGUGCGUGCCGUUUGAAAGCAGCCAUCGUGCGUGUGCUUCCUGGACACUUUCCACAGUAAAAAUAGGAUGUACUGUCAGAGGUAGUGUCGGGCAUGGAGCUGGGCGGGAGGAGAGAGAGACAACAGCGGCAACAACUGCGUCAUCGCCGUCAGAAACGCGUCACGGCCAUCAGUCCGCUCGUCAAGUAUUCUCUCUUCGUCUUCACCUUUUUCUUCUGGCUGAUAGCAGGUGCCCUACUAGGGAUCGGGAUCUAUGCACGUGUGGAGAAGGGACAGGUGAACGCCGUGGUGGAUCUGCUGGCAGAUCCAGCCAUCGUGCUGAUCGUGGUGGGAUCCCUGGCCUGGAUCCUGGGCUUCUUCGGCUGCGUGGGAGCACUGCGGGAGAACAUAUGUCUUCUGAAAACUUACUGCUAUGUUCUGCUGAUCCUGUUUGUACUACAGUUGGUGGGAGCCAUACUGGGAUUUGUAUUCUCUGAUAAGGUGGAGGAACACAUAGGAAACCUGGUGGAGACAGCCAUUGAGAAGUACCGGGAUGACAUUGACCUUCAGAACCUUAUCGACUGGACACAGAAGGAGUUCCAGUGCUGUGGAGGGAAGGAUGGUUUUAAAGACUGGCAUCAGCACAACCGGUACUUCAACUGUUCCGAGGAGAACCUGAGUCGGGAGAGGUGUGGGGUUCCCUACUCCUGCUGCAGACCUGAGGGGGAGGAGGUUGUGAUCAACACCAUGUGUGGCUACGACUUUGCUCCAGAUGCUACGCCAACUGAGGCCAUAGAUAGGAUCUACAUCCGCAGCUGUAUCUUUGCUGUGGCAGACUGGGCCAGGGAGAACCUGUUUCUGUUAGGAGGGAUCGCUAUGGGCCUGGCUAUUCCACAGCUGGUAGGCAUCCUCCUGUCCAGGGUCUUCAUCAACCAGAUACAGGAUGAAAGGGAACUGGCCAAUCAGGAGGCCCGGUUGUAAGGACAUGGGAUGAUAGGGUGCUGGCCAAUCAACAGUCUCCUUACUGACAAGUCAUGGUCACCAAGUACUCUAACUGUCAUGGUAGUUUACAUGCAUGAUUUGUAUACUAGGAUAAAUUUCAUCAUAGAUUUUGCUAAUAAGGAGAGUUAAGCAAUAAUAAGCGCAGCUAACAAAAGCUAAAUUCUCACACUUAAUUAAUAUACAGAGGGAUACACUGUCAUGUUGUUCAGAGGAGUGUUGUGAAGGAAAGUCUAUAUUGUGAAACAUCAUUAUAUAUCCCAAAGCUACAAAUGUCAAGCCCUCAUGUAGUGUUAUGUUCUAUGCAUAAGGAUUUACUUUGUUUAAACAUACAGAUAGAAGGCAUACUUUACAUUUUAUAGGCUUUUAUAUAUCCAAAAUGUAUAUCGAUGUAUGUCAAAUGAAAAUGACUGUUUCUAUAAUUAUCUGACCAUUGAUAAAACCAAAUGUGCCUUUCAGUAAAAAUAGAUAACUAUUAAGUAAAUGUUUUGACAACCACACAUUUUGAUAGAAGUAAUUGAGACUGAAGAGUGUCAUGUUGCGGCCUUACAUAUGAUAUGAUAAUUGCAUCAUUGCAAAUAAAUGUGCCGUACAAUUUA